CAAAACCUUCAUUUAAAUGCUUAAAUUUUGGCUUUAAGUUUUAAAGAAUUUUGCUUGGCUUGUGCUGCUAAAUAAUAUAAAUUUUGUACUUGUGUUGUAGGUACUGUGAUACAGAAGUUACUCAACUUCUUAAAUGUUAUAAAAAUGGCAUCUUCAAAAGAGCAUGAAGAACCAUGCCCUGCUCCAAAUGUUAUGGUGGUGAGGGAAGUGUAUGAUAGCAAUGGGGCCCAUGAACAGUUUGCCUUGGAGCUGGAGCGCUGCUUGGAAGCCGGCCCCAACACAAUAGUCAUUGAACCAGCGGCCCUUGGUGAUGAAACAGCUCGCUGGAUUGCCGUCGGCAACUGCCUUCACAAGACUGCUGUGUUGGCUGGAUUUGGUUCCCUAUUUGGAGCGUGGGCAGCGCCAGAGCGACUAGUGGCUUGGGCUCCACUUGGUACCUUAUCACUCGCCUGUACCGCCAUAUACACAGCCUCAUGGCAGUUUGACCCUUGUUGCCAGUAUCAAGUUGAGAUGGACUCAGGCCGCCUCUCUCGCCUCAUGCUGGAGUCUGUGGUGAGCAGCACGCCGGUGGUGCUGGUGCGUCGAGAGGACGGACGACGCAAAGUGUUGCACUCAUCCAUCUCUGUGCUGGCUGGUGCUCUCUGCCUGUACAGACUCUAUCAAAUGUAUAAAUAACACAGCCAUGCCCUGCAUAUACAGCUGUAUUUGUAUAGAAGUAGCACAGCCCCCCCUGCAUAUACAGGCUGUGUUUGUAUAGAAGUAGCACAGCCUCCCCUGCAUAUACAGGCUGUGUAAAGUAUAAAAGUAGCACAGGCCCACCCUCCAUAUACAGGCUGAUUUGAAUAUACGAGUAACAUAGCCAUGCCCCUGCAUAUACAGGCUGUGUCAAAUAUACAAGUAGCACAGCCAUGGCCUGUAUAUACAGACUGUAUGAAAUAUAGAAGUAGCACAUCUCUGCUCUACCGUGCGAUCAUCUAUUCAAUUUUUACUGCUAUGUAGGUAUGCGUAUUGUGAUACUGUCGUUUGGCCUGCUAAAUGCUUUAUUUUAUUGAUCGUAUUCAGGACCUUUUAGACUAAUCAUGUAUGAUGACGGUGGUAUCUAUGAUUCAAUGAUUCAUCAAUAGUUAACUAAUGAAACCUAAAGUCAGUUAACAAUAACGUACACCUGCUGGCCGUUAUUGUUUCUGAGUUAUAAUGCCUAAGAUCAGACAAACGGUUUUGGCUUGAAUUUUUCUUGAUGGCUGAUGGGACAUGAGUUAAGGUACCCUAACCAUUUAAACGCCAAAGAUAACUAAUGUCGUAUCUACUUCAUCAGUGAAGUAAAAGAAGUCACAGUUCAUUUCUCAUGAGAUUCGCUCUUCUCGUGUUGAUUUCUGGAUGAAUAGAUGUUCAUUUUGAGCUUGCUCCCUUAUCAGCGCCAUGUUGCACUGUAGGUUUUGUGUGCCUCACGUAUCAUGAACAUUGUGAUCUUAGUGAUAGUUAUAGGAAGCUGCCAGCUUACGCAGUACUUGCUGAAUUAGAUCAAUCAAUUGGCCUUAUUGCUCUGUAUAUAAUGAUAAGGCGAAUGUGCUGGAUACUUUGAUCAACCAAAAUGCAGCGAGUUUUAAGGCGAGCUGUACACAUGAUGCCAUUGAUAAAACUCACUAAAAUAACUUGUGCUAUGCCGGAAUCUAUAAUUUUGCAAUUUAUUUGUGUUUCAAGUAUAAAUUGAAGCUUUGAUCAACUCAGAUGCUGACUUCAGUAGGUGGUUAUCAGUCGCGCUGUCAUAAUUAUUACGUUUGCGGUUGAAGCUUAUUUGUUAUAGGCCAAACGUUUCUAUAAUCGGGUGACAGUGGUUCGGGCAUCAGUCAGACUAUACAUAAAUAAAUGCGAAUGUUCCUUUUACAUUCACACAUAAGUAAAUGUGUGAAUGUAAAUGAAGGUGUAGAGAGACUGUUACUUCUUAGUGACUCAAGCAGGGCUGGGGGAACAAACCCUGCUUAACUUGGCUGAGCUUUCUUAUUUAUAAUUACUUCUUCUUUCAAUCCUGGAAUAAAAUGCGAACGACAAAUUACCUUCAUUCUUGCUAAAAAUAUUACUAAGAGUUGCUUGACUGGACGAUGUAAAUGUUUUUUUUUUUCAAUUGAUGCACUCCUUUACGUUUUGAGUGCACAUGUGAGAUAAAAAUGUUCACAUUAAUUCAUUUCAAUGGUGAUAUUAUGCAAUAAUUGCUAAUUAUAAGAAACUAAAGCAAUUAGUGAUGGUCUUGACUCUGAUUGCACUAUCUGAUAGCCAUAAGUAUCACGAUCACUUGCUUGCUUAAAUCGCAAAUUUACCUGGAAUUUAAAAGCGAAGAAAAUCGCCAAAAAGUUCACUAUUUUUGUUUCUUUUUUCUUUUCGAUUUAGGCUCUAAUAUCCACUAUGUAAAUUUUAGGUUACUAAUUUUUUGUAUCUGUGUUCUAUAUUUUGAACUAAUGGCCAUAAUCUCUCCCCGUAUCGCCGUACAAAUUCGUUGGCUGCUUCAUUGCCGCUGAUGUUUCUUUCAGAAGCUGUUCUUCUAGCACAGUUUGUUCACACUUUAAUGUUAGUUGCAGCAAAAUGAGGGUCUGUAAAUUUUCUCAACAUCGCAAGCCUGACCUUGUUUAUUUAUUAUUAUUUGUAUUUCUUUGCGUUUGGCUAGCUAAGAUGUGCGAGGAAUUUCAAAUUUGUGGAUGAACUGUCUUAAUUAAUCGUUAAAAAUUAGUUAUUGAGCUUACAUACCAUAAAGCUUUCAUGCUAGAAUAAUAAUGAAGUCACUUUCGAGCUCGGUUACUGAAAAAUCGUUUCUCUAUACUGUAGUAUAGUAAGAGUUGUUGCUUGUUAAACCAGGGCUUGACAGAACUUAAUUGGUCAAUUUCACUUUCAAUGACCAAUUUCAAGAAUUUAUUGGUCAAUUUCUCUCGUCUGAAGCUUCUGGGGGGCCGCAGUGAUUUGCCUCAUUACAUUUCAAUAAAUUAAAAGUUUGAUGCAUUUAAUAAGUAACUUUUCAUUAAUUAUUCCAUUCCCAAAAUAUCACGCAAUCUGUACAAAGCAAAGAUAUUUUGGAAGGUCAGGCUGUGCUAAUUCGCUGCUUAAUAUUUUCCCGCUUUUUAAAGGAACGUUCUAAGAAAAAGAAUUGCUUGUUGCCUUCUGUUGUAACUUAUGUUUUCUUCUAAGUCUAGAUUCUCCUAACCAAUGGGCUAACUUAUUUUCUUAUGUUUUAUGAAUUACUAUGAAUUUACACUGAAGUCCAUUUUUUCGAAUGAUUUUCAUAGGUUUGGCUUCAAAAAAUGUCUUGUACUGGUGGCACAUGUUGAUAAAAAUCAACAAUUCUUGAUUUCAAAUGUCACUCUGCGGCUGCAUUAAAGUUAAUACAUUUAAAUGUUCAAGAAUAGCACCGCUCAGCGGCCUUACAUGUCGAAAAAAAAAAACAGGAAAAAAACUCAAAAUGUGAGCUUUUUGUGCCUUAUAAGUCUGUGCUAUUGAAAUGUUCUAUUUUUAAUCCAAGAGAUUUAACUCCAUUAUUGAUUAUACUAAAUCUAAAACAUUUCACUGUGAGUGUAUUUUCUCAUUAUUCCAUAUAAAUGCCCCAAAUGUAUUGAUUUCUUUGCGGAUAUUUUUUUCGAACAAGAAACUCGAAGUUAUGGUUUCCAUAUUUCUGUUUUUCUCGUCAUAUUCCUUCAAUGUGGAUUGAACUCCAUUAAUGGGCACUUAUUUCAACUGAGUUUGAUGUUUGUGAACUCGAAUAAUUUGUAUGCACUGCAGAUGAGGUUGGUUCAAGUGAUAUGUUGCAACUGUGUUUUCAAAUUAGACUGUUGCUCAUGGCUCCACACAAUGGCAGAAGCUCUCCCAUUCCUCUCUAGGUGUAAUAAGGUCAUUCGUUGACGCCAGUCAUUUAAUUCCUAAUGCAUUUCCUGCGUCACUUUUUGUGAUACUGAUAGCAAGCAUGAUUACAAUAUUACUUGACCACGAAACAUAUUUCCAAGUUAUGAUGUCAGUUCCGAAUAUUACACUACUAUUAGUAUUAGGGUAUUUAACUUCGAUCCGUCUGGUCCAUGUGACAUUUUGAUUCACCAUGCAACAAUGAUUAUUUUGUGAAAUACACCUGAGUUAAAAGCGAUCGAUUUACCAGUUCUUCAAUUGAUCGGAACGGCAAGUUUCCUGUAGUGAACUUUUUAAGGGCGUUGUGCUACUCGUUAUAAUGUUGCUGAUCUUGUCGUUUUUACGUUUAAGGGCUGCUUAUAAGGCGGCCUAAUUCAAGCAUAGGGGCGGGUGUGUGAAGUUGAACCUUUCAAAUCUACUUCUAUUGAUGAUCAUCAUUUGCUAUAAAUUGCACAACAAAUUUUCUCCUCAAGCGUCCACCUCAACUGUGCAUUAUAGAUUGAACGUUUCAAAAUCUACCUCUAUUGAUGAUCAUCAUUUGCUAUAAAUUGAACAACAAAUUUUCUCCUCAAGCGUCCACAUUAUAGAUUGAACAACCUUGACUGGAAUGUUGAGUUAUGAGACUAACUUAUUGUGGAGUGAAGUAGACUUGUGUACCUGGGUACCUUAUUAAAUUGUUGGCAACAUGUUUGCUCAAAUCAGCUACACUCUGCACCGAUUUGUUGCUUAUGUAACACUGAACUCUAGGCUGUGAUUGGUGGACGUCUUAGUAUUAUAAAAGAUUUAACUCAAGUACAUUGGUUGAUGUAUAAUUUUGAACUGUAAUCAUUUUUGUUGUGGUGCUAUAGCGAUAUUUUGCAUGUUGCAACAUACUUCCCGCAGUUUACUGAACUGUAACGGAAUGGGAAGUAGUAAUGUUUACUAGGCUCGAUCAUUGUUAAUUGCGAAUUGUCUGCAAAUUUAUUGCUUGAUUAUCUUAACUAUUUAUUGUGAUGACUUGCUUGCCGCCAUAUCAGACAGAAAUACUAUUAAGAAGAACUGCUUGUGGUUGCAUGGCCCAUGUGCUGUGCUGUACAUUAAGUAUUAGCAGUUAACUGAGUCUAUCAGCAUAAUAUUUUAGCUGAACAAUAACCCCAACACGUCGGGUUGUCGUGAGAUUCAGCUUUUCAUAUCAGUUCCAAAAACGUUUUUAACUAUCUUAUUUUUUUAGGCUUGAAAAAAAUUAUUGUUGGUGUUCUUAGUAUAAUCGAUUCAAAUGCUAUGAAUGUUUUUCAAAAAAUCGUUCAAGUAAGUUAAAUAAAAUUUACGUGUUAUUUUGUUCAGGAGAACGAUCACACUGGGUUGAAAUGAAAUGUCGGAGCAUCGGUGUUCGUGCGUAAUCAAAUCUAGAACUACUGCUGUCAUUAUUUAUAUACUGAGUUGUCUGAGUAGGUAUUGAGCUGAACAAUGUGUGGAGCUGUGUUUCACUGGCAGAAAAUUUCGGACUGUACGGGCACCUACGAUACGAGGGCAUCUUUUAUUCAGGAACUUCUAUGUACAUUAUAAUUCCAUUAGCAUAUCGUAAUGCGGAUCUCUGAUACGUUCCCUCAAUUGCAGGAAAACCUUCUGCCCUCUAAUGAAUGCUCGUUUUAGGAGUUUGGAAUUGGCUAUUUAUAUAGAAAGCUUAGCAACGUUGACUCGUUGAGCCCAGCAAUAAUUUAGUCUUCAUAUAUUGGCUUUGCAAUUAUUACUUGAUGUUCUUUAAUGUGGUUUGCAUUUGUGUUCAUUAUGAUUUGAAUUAAUGAAGACUGUUAAUGAGCUUCUUAAGAAAAACUAUUUUCUUAAGAAGCUCAUGCACCCAACGCGCUGUGCAGUCCCUGAUGGUCAUUCGGGAUAUGGUUGUAUGGCACUCAAUUGAUGUUGAACAAAUUUCAACGAUGUUAUUACCAAGCUAAGAUAUUUCUUGCAACGUAUUGUUUCAAGUUAUGUAUCAUGGUUGCAUGAAACUGUUAUGCGAUGAAAGACUUUCGUUCAGUGUCGUAGACAGUUCUCAUUUACUGUGGCUUCCUGUUAGAUUCGACCACACUGUACAUACAAUUUCAAUCUUAAAAUUGUAUAAAGCUCAGAACAGGAUUGAAAUUGUGUGUAUAUUAGUGCUCGAAUUCCUGUCCAUAAUGUUUGUCGCACGAUACCUCUUCUGCAGAGACGACUUGGAUUCCAACGUACCACUUGUACAUAGCGAGCUCAUUUUAGAGCUCAUGAAAUUUGUCUAUUUUUCAAUAAAAAUGUUGAAGCGUUA